AUGAUGAGAGAGGCGCAAUUGACUUUAUCAAUCUUCGGAAGCAGGCUUGUUAAGUGCCCAAUGUUCUCAUCAAAUCCACAGCGUCCGGACACUAACCGGUUCGCUAAUGUUUCGGUGAAUUUCACUCAGCAGCAACCGCAACAACAGCAGAAUCAACAGAAUACACAUUCUCAACAAUAUCCAUCUACGUCACAACAGCAACAACAAAUGUUGUUCCAGCAAGGCACUUCAAUUCAAAACAGUGCCACACAGCGGGAACCAGAAUGGUUCAACAACCCGCGUAAAAGAACUAUUCCCCAAGCAAUUGUAAAGAGAACCACCAAGAGAUCAUCUUCAGUUGACUCUUCUACUACAGACGGCGAUGGCACUAGCCGAACUGGAAGAUCUGGAUUCAACAGUAUAGGCUUUGGCUCUAAAAAAGAUGUUGGGCUCCUGCCCUCUUCAAAGGACAUCAACGUGAUAAAGAAAUCUGAUCACAACAAUGGGUUCAUGGAUUCUAAUGAAGCACCACCAACUGUUUCUUUUUAUGAUUGGAAACGCGAAGAUGAUUUUGGCUCCAUUAACCCGCUGGAUUUGCAGACUAAUGAUUCCCAGUAUGUUUUCAAGUCAAAGCAGACUGAGUUGGCUUCCACUCCAUCUACAACGAAAAAGAAUAAAACAGAAGGAUCUGAGACGAAUGUCUUUGACAGGAAAAGCAGCGUUGGAUUGAAUAACAAGCAAAAUAAUAACAAUUUAGAAACAAAAACUGGUGGUUUACGUAAGUCAGCAACGCAAGAAAGCGCGGUUAUAGUAUUCGGGUACCCUGAAUCGAUAUCUAACUUGGUGAUAACACACUUUUCUAAGUUCGGGAGAAUACUUGAGGAUUUCGAAGUACUUAGAAGCAAUUCCGGUAUAAAUACAGCCACGUUAAAAUUACGUGGAAACAAGUCGGACAAACAGGAAAGAAAAUGCCCCAUUUUCACUGGAGAUGGAUGGGUAAAACUGACUUACGAUAGCGUACCUCCAGCUGUUCGUGCCUUGCAAGAAAAUGGUCGAGUUUUUGGUGGUACGCUCAUUGGCUGUGUACCAUACAGUAAAAGUGCUGUUGAACAGCUAGCAUCUUGCCACAUUGAAAAAGUCGAUGAUAUUGGAGCGAUGAACUCUCCUACUCCAAUUGACGACGCGAACACUUUCAAAGGUCUAUCAAAAGACAUCGAAGCUGGUGCAGAUGAUAAACAUACCGAUUCAGUAUCAGGUGUUUUCAAUACAAGCUCGGGAAAAUUAUUUGAUUCUGGUUCGGACGAUGUACUUUCGCAUCGAAAGGUUGUAUAUCCUUCGCGAAGACUCGAUAUUAAAGAGGGAAAAUCAUUGUUUGUUCAUAAUGGUGCAACCAACAAUCACAACUUUUUACAAAGUUUAGAAGCCAAAAUGCGUCAACAAGAGGAAAAUAACAAAAAGGAGGCAGGAAUAUGGCAUAAGGUAAACAACUGGUUGUUUGGUUGGAAUGAGCUAUGA